CCUGUACAAGCCUUUUGGUGAUUGACAAAAACGUGAUCCCAAGAAAUAUUUUGGAAGAAAUGAUUAUUGAAUUUGACACAUAACCAGGAAUAAAGUAGUGCAUGUUAUCCUUGUAUCAUCUUAAAAACUCAUUGAUGCAUUCCAUUAAAGACUGAUGUACAUGUAGAUACUUUACUGUUUGGCAGCUAUGAAGUUCUUCAAUACUUUACUUCCAUAUAACUUCAACUGGGACCAAAUUGCAGUUGGCCUUUGGCAAAGAUAUCCUAACCCUAAAAGUAAGCAUGUUUUAACUGAAGAUGUUGUGUCUAGAGUCUUAGUUGGAAAGAAAUUAUUUACAAAAAGGCUAUUGACCAAGAAGUACAAUGUUCCAAAAUGGGGUAGAGAUGGACCAAAGUGGUAUGUGACUGCCAUAAUUGAAGAAUCUGUUGUGGAUCCUGUCAAAAAGACCAUGACAACAUACACCAGAAACAUAGAUCUUAAAUGGUUUAUUAAUGUUGUUGAAAAAUGUGUUUACACUGUUGACCCAGAGAGUAAAUGCAAAGUAAUGCAAGACAAAUCGUAUUGGAAUACAUCUAAAGUUUUUGGAUUCGGCAAGGCUAUUGAACUUUAUGGAUACGAAAAAGCCAAAAAAGAUGCUCAGAAAACUCAUGAGGGAUUUAUUCUCAUUUUAGAGAAAUUAUUCCCAUCUGAUACUGUUGUUCCAGCAACAGUUCUUGCUACAACUGGCAAAGAUAGGAUUAAGCAGACGGCACGUAAAGCAACAGAAAUGGCAAAGGAUGCUACAGAAAAAGCCAAAGACAAAGCAAAAUCUAGAGUUUUUGUGCCAAAUUCUUAGAAAUAUGAAUAUUUUGGUUAUCAAUGAUUAUGGUCACAUUUACUAAAUGGAUGAUUAUAAUGAAAUAUUUUAUACUGCCGGGUUAAACUUUAACUGUCAGCUUUCAUUGCAAUUCUACAGUUUGUUAUUUAGGUCACUGAUCACUGUUGAUUAAAUGAAUUGAAUGAAAGCUUACAACUUAAUGAAUGAACAGUUCAUUAUUACUGUUUAUAUAUAUACAUUCAUGAUUCAUUAUUUUUAUCAAUAUUUUCCAUUAGGGUAUGGGGGUUUCAGAUUUCAUUUCAUUUCUUGAACUGUUUGUUGAUUGACUUAUAUAUUUUUUAGACGAUUGAGAAUACAUUUUAACAAGUACAUGUGAGGUUUAAAUUACCUCUUGAAAUGUUUGUAAGAGCACUGCCAUGAGAUAUAUAUGAAUUAAUAUUAAUUUUAUGUAAGUACUGAAUUGAAAAAUGACAAAGUUCCUAGUGCUUAUCUCUUACCUAGUGCUAGAAUUGUAUUUGUUCGAUUAUAAAUAAAUCAAUAAAUAUUUUAA